AAAAUUUUUGUAUGUUAAACCGGUUUAGACUCUCUUCAAGAAGGAUCACUCCGAUCCGGACUAGUCACAGGGCAUUUAGUGUGUACAAAAUGCCCACUCAGUCGCAAGGAAGUUAUCGCUCAUGGAACUUUAAAUUUAGUGCUCUAGCUCUAUUCGCAAGCACCUUUAUUGCUUAUAAGUAUGGUAAUAUGGGCAAGUUGAAUACAGAAGCAGCUCAAUACACUGAUAAACAACUUGAAUUUCUCCUUAAUAAAGUUGAUGAUGGGGUUAAGGACCUCUGAAUGAAGCAUCCCAGAAUGAAGAGACCAACCUUUAAGUCAGGAGUGAGAGGUACCAGAUAUUUUAUAGAAUUCCCCAUUGUCCAGAAAAAUGUGGAUGUGUUCCCAAUCCUGGUUGCUGUUAAGCAAGUUAUCAGUGAGAACAAGACUAACGGUGCCAGGAUCAAGCACGAUGAUGCUUAUCAACAGGAUGACCUCAUGUCUUAUUUGCUCGAUUAUGAAGUUGAUUCUACAACGGCCAGAGGAGCCAAAUCUGGAGGGUCUAUCUAUAUCAGAGGCGCUAAAGGGGAGACUUAUGACAACUUCAAAUUCGUCGUAGAGAAAAACACUGAUUUUCAUGAAGCAGAUGCUCAGAUAAUUCUUAAGGCAUAUGAGGAAGCUUUCAAGCCAAAGAAGAAUUUAAAGCCUCUCGGUGUUGGCAAUGACAAUAGAAGACCCAACCAGUCUUCUUCUAAGAAAUCUAAGAAAGGAAUCGCUGAUGGUCUUUUUGGAAAUAACCAAAAUGAAGGUGAAGAGGAUGAUUCUCCAGAAGCUGUUCUAGAACGAGCUGGAUGCACUGUAUUCGUACCAGGUGUGAAGAAAAACGAACUUGAUUGGGACUAUUUAGCAGGCUAUGAUUAUGUUAAAAGAGAUAUCGAGGACACCGUCCUCUUAGCUCUAACCCAUGGCCAUGUGUAUGAUCAAAUUACUCAGGGAACUAGGAUGAAGGAUGAAACUAAUAGGCCAAAAUGUAUUCUUUUUGAAGGUCCUCCAGGAUGCGGAAAGACCACAUCUGCUAAAAUUAUUUCUAGCCAAGUAAAAAUUCCUCUAAUUUACAUGCCUCUUGAGGCAAUUAUGUCAAAAUAUUACGGAGAGAGUGAGACAAAAUUAGCUGAGAUCUUUGAAUCUGCCCAAGAUUUAGGAAAGACUAUUCUCUUCAUUGAUGAGAUAGACUCCUUAGCUACUUCAAGAGAGUCUGGAAUCCAUGAAGCAACAAGGAGGAUUCUUUCUACUCUGCUCAGAAAAAUAGAUUCUUUCGAAAGUGACUCUGAAGUCUUGGUAAUCUGUGCUACAAAUAGGAAGAAGGAUCUUGAUCCAGCUCUGAUCUCUAGACUGGACUUAUCUGUAAGAUUCGAACUGCCAGACUCUAAGACAAGGGCUCUGAUCUUUCAGAGAUAUGCGAAACAGCUCUCAAAAGAGGACCUCACCAAGCUUGGUGAGAUAAGCCUGAUACUAUCAGGAAGAGAUAUCUGAGAUAUCUGCAAGGAUGCUGAAAGGAAGUGGGCUUCCAAGUACAUCAGGAAGGAGGUAGACACAUUGCUCCCCGAAUACUCCAUCUAUGAAGAUUGUACCAAGAACAGAGUUGAACAAAUGAAGGACACCAAUCUCAGAAUGGACAAAGAUCUGAUCCCGAGAGGCUAG